AUGACUAUCCAGCUGGUCCAAUUGAAACUCCAACUGUUGAUUGAUAAUGACCUAAAUAAUAACUACUAUAACAAUAAUAAUAGAGAAAGAGAGCCUACAAAAGAGCUUAUUACUGCCAAACCAACCAACGAAGCUGCAAGACAGACUUUGAUGAACCUGCGAUCCUCAUUGAUCAUCACGAUUGGUUGUGUAAUAGUGAUGAUUUUAUAG